AUGGCGUCCAUCAGGAAGAAACUGGUGAUCGUGGGAGAUGGAGCUUGUGGAAAGACAUGCUUGCUCAUCGUCUUCAGUAAGGACCAAUUUCCUGAGGUUUACGUUCCCACAGUGUUUGAGAACUAUGUGGCUGAUAUCGAAGUGGAUGGGAAACAGGUGGAGUUGGCCCUGUGGGACACAGCUGGACAAGAAGAUUAUGAUCGCCUCAGACCCCUCUCCUAUCCGGACACUGAUGUCCUCCUGUUGUGUUUCUCCAUUGGCAACCCUGAUAGCUUUGGGAACAUCCCACAGAAAUGGACUCCAGAAAUCAAGCAUUUCUGUCCCAACGUGCCAAUCAUCCUAGUUGGGAGCAAGAAGGAUCUUAGGGAUGACAGGCACAUAAGACUAGAGUUAGCCAAGAGGAAGCGGGAGCCGGUAAAACUUGAACAAGGCAGAGAUUUGGCGAACAGCAUUGGCGCUUUUGGGUACGUGGAGUGUUCUGCAAAGACCAAAGAUGGAGUGAGGAUGGUAUUUGAAAUGGCCACAAGGGCUGCUCUGCAAACGAAUCGCGGGAAGAAAAAGCCUGGGUGCUUCUUCUUGUGAAGCCUUAGUGCAAGCACAGCCCUGGUGCAGUUAAUUUUCAAGCUCUAUUUCGUAAUCUUACUGUGUAGUUGCUAACCUUCUGUUUAUGUAUAUGUCCAAGACUAAAAAUCAUAAGUCAUCUUGCUACCAGUGAUUAGAAGGCAACCAUGAUUACUAAAGAUGUCCAAUCUGUCUGACCUGCCAGGAUCCUGACUCUAACAGACCUGAAACAUCAAGCAGUAGGUGAAGAAUUUAUCAUUUCUAUAAAAAGAAAUGGUAGCAUUAUUAUUAGAGUGUAAGUUCUUUCUGACAUGGCUAACCUAUCAUCUGUCUGCUGCAAAGAAUUCUGAGUCACCAGACUUUAUCACAACUUUGAUUGCCAUCUUUAUUUUUGAUGAAACGUUUCUUCAUGCAGCUGUGGUAGAGUAGGCGAUCUAUGAUUUCUUGCUAGUUACUUUAUAGUGGCUAUGCAGUUAGUGCAUGUUAAUGGAUGUUACCAGGAAUAAGAACAUCUACCCCAGACUAGA